UAAUGACUUGUGGAACUGCAGGAUCUUUGACGUAUUUUUAUCUUGUAGAUUAUUUUAGGGAGGAUCUGUGUUUAACAGAAAGAUGCAUUUUAGCAGCCUCUCAACUGCUGAGCCCAAUGGACCAGAGUGUGGACCCUUGCAUUAACUUCUAUGACUACGCGUGCGGUGGACAAAUCAAAGAGUUAUCCAAAUACAGCAAGAGGACAGUAAACCUAGCCACUGCCAUCGAAGAUAAUAUGAAUAAUAAGAUAAGAGUUUUGCUUGAAGGUGCAGACGACAGCACUGCCCUGUAUAAAAUAAAACCCAGGGCUGUGUAUAAGUUAUGCAUGGAUACAGAAAAUCUGAACUUCCAAAGCAUCCAAUCAUUUAGACAGCUGGUCCGUGAGGUUGGAGAUUGUUCAUUGUUUAAUCCUAAUUGGACACAAAAAGAUUUUCGAUUCGAGUCAGUGUUGAGCCACUUGUCAAGUUUAGGAAUCUCCCCAAUCAUCCAAAUCGGCUUCCUCCAUCCAACUGCUCUGUCGAUCUUCACGGUUUCAGCAGGUCAGGCAUUGUUACCUGGAAUUAGGCUUGAUAACAGAUUUGGUAGUUAUUAUGCAUUCAAAUCAGUGAAAAGUUAUUUAGUGAACUCCUUGGUGUUAAUGAAUGUCAGUCAACAAGAAGCAACGAAGGCCGCUGAUGACGUACUUGAUCUGAAGAUAGAGUUAGGACUGAUUGAGGAUCAGGUCCAAGACAGUACAACCUCUAAACUUCUGGCAACAAAUAUAGCGACAUUGAACAACAACUUUACUUUUGUCAAUUGGACGGAAUUAUUUGAAAGUCUGAAAUCUGGGAUAGAUGUAUCAAAUGACAGUACCGUCUUGGUUUCAUCAGACCACUUGAUGUAUUUAGAAAAAGUCAAUGCAAUAAUGCCUCGAACUAGAAAAAGCAUCCUGUCCAAUUAUUUAAUGUCGUUUUUGGUGGCCAAGUUCGCAUUUGCACUAGGACCAAUGUUUAUCAAGUUCUUAGAUGAAAUGUAUUUGGAUUUGAAGUACACUCAGCCACGAGAAUGGUGGGAGAAUUGUGUCAAACAAACUAUGAUGAUAUAUCCAGCUCUUGUAGACAGAAUGUAUGUAGAAGCGUAUGCCAACCAACGAGACCUGAACCAAAUAAGAACAGUCGCAACUGAGAUAGUGCAGGCUGUACAGUCCACUGUUGAUGAAAAUGAUUGGUUGUCAAGAGAAACAAAAACAUCUUUACGAGCUAAGAUAGAACGCAUACAGAUUCAAGUUGGUUACCCAGAGUACAUCCUGAAUGACUCAUACAUCAAUAACUUGAGUGAAACUAGUUUCACCAGUGAAGGACAGUUUCUGGACAUUGUUAUAGACUUCCAUCGAUAUAAGUCCAAACAGACAGUCAAGAAAUCAAAUCUUCCAUUCGCAACAAGGUCAUGGAUCGUGCCUGUAACAAAAGCUGGAGCUUAUUGGAAUUUAUUCUCGAAUUCGAUUGAAAUACCUUUAGGAUUUCUACAGACUCCAACUUAUUCCCCAAAGUAUUUAAGGUCCAUGGUGUUUGGUGCUAUCGGAUCUAUCAUCGGGCACGAGCUAGUUCACGGUCUUGAUGCGGAUCCUAUGUUCAACGUUACGUGGAAAGAAGAGGAACUCAGAAAACUGACACAUUUGUCCGAGUGCUUUAAAGACCAGUACAGAAAGUUUUCAUAUAAGGGAGAGAAACUUGAUGGGGCAUCAUCGUUAGCAGAAAAUAUGUGUGAUCUGGAUGGUCUGAAGCUCAGCUACAAGGCUUUUCAAAGUUCUGCUCAAAGUCAAAGAAGUGAUGAAAAGAAAUUACCUGGCAUUAACAUGAAUCAUAAUCAAAUAUUUUUCUUAAGUUUUGCACAGACCUGGUGCUCUCAUAUGUCUGACGUAGAUAGAAUUUAUACUUUGAAUGGAGUUCACGCCCCUGACAGAUUCAGAGUGUUGGGUACUUUGCAGAAUUCCCAAGACUUCGCAGACACAUUUCAAUGUAUUCCAGGGAGUCCCAUGAAUCCUCUCAAGAAAUGUGCUGUAUACUGAGUCUCCUUGUCUUAUUAGCCAUAACAUAAUAUACCUAUGACAAGUAGACUAUCUGUUGUAAUCUUACUAUAACUAUUUUACUUCAAUUGUCACUGCUAGCAUAGAAUUUAUAUUAGUUUGCCUUUGUAUCCGUAAUGUUUAAGGUUUUUUUUAUAUGAUGUGAGUGUUGAGAUUUGAGAUGUAUAAAUAUGUAGACUUUUCGUCAUUAGGUUAUAAGUUAAACUUCAUAGUGAAACAAAAUAGUGUGUAUAUUAUAGAAUUUUACCGUUUGUUAAGAUGCAUAGCUAGUAGCAAUAUGAUAUAGAUAUAUGGUUGGGUAUUUUAUAACCUAGAACCAAAAUGUUAUGUAGUAACAGAAACUGAUGAGGACAGUUUUGGGUUAGAGAUUAGACAGAAGUUCGAUAUCAAACAGAGUAUGUCUUUGUGAGAAAGUCUUUAUUACAAAGUUUAUAUCUCCUCACCCUGUCUAUCUGGUAAAAAUUGUGUACACGUUAUUUCUCCCACUUCCCAUUCUCAGAUCAAGCUGAAACUUUGCACAAUUAGUCAUUGUCGAAAUCAAUACACGAAUCAAUAAAAAAAAAACAGCAAACAUUUCAUUUUAUUUCAUUAGUGGUAAUUAAUUAAUUUUGGUUUACAUAAAAAAAAGACUCAAAAUCUUGCAAAAUUGAGAGAUAUGGCAAUAAUAAUGCGGCUCUUUCACUCAUAUAAGCUUUGUUUCCAGAAAAGGUCAUACGUUUUAAAACGUGAUCAGGUUUAUGUGUUAGUAGCUCACUUUCUCAACAAGUUUGUCUAUAAGCAAGGCAAAAAAACACACACAGGGCCGGAUUUAAGUAUGUGAAGGCCCGAAUGCAGGAUUUAUGUGGAAGCCUCUAUAAUUUUCGAAAAGUUUAAUAAAGAUCAAGUUAUG